AUGACGGCUGUGCCUGAUUUGAGGGCAUUAAAAUUCGAUUCCAACGGAUGUAAAGACUUGUACGCCAUUUGCAAAAUCCACAACAUGCCGUACUUGGUGACCAAAGGCGACAGACUCAUUUUGCCGUACAAGAUCAGAAACCACAACGUGGGCGAUGUUUUGAAGCUCGACCGCGUGGUCACCAUCGGCUCGAGAAACUUCACCUUCAACAACGACAAAGGCAUACCCGAAAGCGCCUUUUCCUUGACUGCCACCUUGACGGAGAUCACGAGGGAGCCGCUCUACCACGUGUAUAAGAAGAAGCCCAGAUGCAGAAGACUCAAGACCCUUGACGUCGAGCCUUACCAAACUCAUUUGGUCAUCAACGAGUUGAAGUUGAACUAG